AUGGCAUCAGGGAACCUCACAUGGGUGUCAGAAUUUGUCUUCCUGGGGCUCUCCCAGACUCAGGAGCUCCAGCUCUUCUUGUUUCUGCUGUUCCUGCUUGUCUACACCACCACUCUCAUGGGAAACCUCCUCAUCAUGGUCACAGUGACCUUUGAUUCCCGGCUCCAAACACCCAUGUAUUUUCUGCUCCGAAACUUGGCUGUGCUAGAGCUCAGUUUCUCCUCAGUCACUGCCCCGAAGAUGCUGGUGGACUUCCUCUCUAAGAAGAAGAGCAUCUCCUACCAGGGCUGCAUGGCCCAGAUCUUCUUCUUCCACUUUCUGGGAGGUGCCAUGGUCUUCUUCCUCUCAGUGAUGGCCUAUGACCGACUUGUUGCCAUCUCCCGGCCCCUCCACUAUGUCACCAUCAUGAACACUCAGCUCUGUGCUGGACUGGUGGUGGCAAGCUGGGUGGGAGGCUUCAUCCAUUCGAUUUCCCAACUGGCUCUGAUGCUCCCACUGCCUUUCUGUGGCCCUAACAUCCUAGAUAACUUCUACUGUGAUGUUCCACAAGUGCUGAGACUCGCCUGCACUGACACCUCCCUCCUGGAGUUCCUUAUCAUUUCCAACAGCGGGGUGCUGGUCCUCAUCUGGUUCCUCCUCCUCCUGGUCUCCUACUCAGCCAUUCUGGUGAUGCUGAGGUCCCACUCAGGGCAGGCGAGGAGGAAAGCAGCUUCCACCUGCACCACCCACAUUAUCGUGGUGUCUAUGGUCUUUGUUCCAAGCAUUUACCUCUAUGCCCGGCCCUUCACCUCCUUCUCCAUGGACAAAGCUGUGUCCAUUAGCCAAACUAUCAUGACCCCCAUGCUCAACCCCAUGAUCUACACCCUGAGGAACCAGGAGAUGCAGGCAGCAGUGAAGAGAUUAGGGAGGUGCCGGCUGGCUUAUAGAAAGGGAGUGAUAGCGGAAUGA